AUGGCCUCAGCUACUUUUUCACAAGCUUCGGACCUUCCUGCUUGGAAGACUCUGCAAAACCUCUAUGACACCGAGGGCAAGUCAUUGUCUGUCAAGGAACAAUUUUCUAAAGAUCCUGAGAGAUUUUCCAAGUUUUCUCACACUUUCACUAACUUUGAUGGAUCCAAGAUCUUGUUUGAUUUCUCUAAGAACAUCAUCAAUGACGAGAUUCUUGCUUCUCUUAUCAAGUUGGCUAAGGAAGCCAAUGUCGAGGGUUUGAGAGAGGCCUUUUUCAAGGGUGACAAGAUCAAUUUCACUGAGGACCGUGCUGUUUACCACAUUGCUCUUAGAAACCAAGCUGGUAAGCCCAUGCUUGUCGACGGUAAGGACGUCACUCCUGAGGUCAAUUCUGUUUUGGCUCAUAUCAAGGAGUUCACUGAGCAAGUCAGAUCUGGCGAAUGGAAGGGUUAUACCGGUAAGGCCAUUACCGAUAUCGUCAACAUUGGUAUUGGUGGUUCUGAUUUGGGUCCUGUCAUGGUUACUGAGGCCUUGAAGUCGUACUCUAAGCGUGACUUGGAUGUUCACUUUGUCAGUAACAUUGAUGGUACUCACAUUGCCGAGAUUCUCAGAAAGGUCAAUCCUGAGACCACUUUGUUUUUGAUCGCUUCCAAGACUUUCACUACUGCCGAGACCACUACCAAUGCCAACAGUGCUAAGAAGUGGUUCCUCGAGACUGCUAAGGACAAGACGCACAUUGCCAGGCACUUUGUUGCCCUUUCCACCAAUGCCGAAGAGGUUUCCAAGUUCGGUAUUGACACUGCCAACAUGUUCGGUUUUGAGAACUGGGUCGGUGGUAGAUACUCUGUGUGGAGUUCUAUUGGUUUGUCGGUUGCCUUGUACAUUGGUUACGACAACUUUGUGCAAUUCUUGAAGGGAGCCGAGGCUCUUGACAAGCACUUCACUGAAACCCCUCUUGAGCAGAACAUUCCUGUUUUGGGUGGUUUGUUGAGUGUGUGGUACAACAACUUCUUCGGUGCUCAAACCCACUUGGUCGCUCCUUUCGACCAAUACUUGCACAGAUUCCCUGCCUACCUGCAACAAUUGUCGAUGGAGUCUAAUGGUAAGUCUGUGACCCGAUCCAAUGAGUUUGUCAAGUACUCUACCGGAUCUAUUUUGUUCGGAGAGCCUGCCACCAACUCGCAACACUCUUUCUUCCAAUUGGUCCACCAAGGAACCAAGUUGAUCCCCACCGACUUUAUCCUUGCUGCCAAGUCUCACAACCCUAUUGAGAACAACCUCCACCAAAGAAUGCUUGCUUCCAACUUCUUUGCCCAAGCCGAGGCUCUUAUGGUCGGCAAGCCCCAAGAGGUUGUCAAGGCCGAGGGUGCUCCUGACUCUCUUGUUCCUCACAAGAUCUUCCUUGGAAACAGACCCACCACCUCGAUUCUUGCCCAAGAGAUCACUCCUGCUGCUCUCGGUGCCCUGAUUGCCUACUACGAGCACUUGACUUUCACCGAGGGUGCUGUCUGGAACAUCAACUCUUUCGACCAAUGGGGAGUCGAGCUCGGCAAGGUCCUCGCCAAGGCCAUUGGCAAGGAACUCGACAACAACGAGCCCGUCACCGACCACGACGCCUCGACCAACGCUCUCAUCAACCAAUUCAAGAAGUGGGCUUAA